AUUUAGGAUACAAUACAUUUGAUUGAGCUUAUCGUUUUCAUAGAAGUGAUUUCAUCCAAGAGAACAUACUCAACAUUUUUUUUGUUUCCUUGGCAAUUCAAUUCAAAAUGAGGUGAGAUUAUUUUAAAACGAAUCCAAACCACUUUUAUGCACUUGUUGAAUACUUCUUUUGUACAAUAUUGUAUAUUUGAUAUGAUUUUGUUGAUGCAAAUUCUAAGUUUAGGAACUGGGCAUAAACAUAAAUUACAACAGUAAAAAUCAAAUGUAAAAUUUGCUUUGAUGAUAUAUUGUGUUUGCAAGGAAAGGAUUAACAAAGAAAUUAUAAAUAAGCAAAUCACGAGGAUGGAUAGGGGGGUAAAACAUUAUUUCAGGUUUUGAUUUUGACAUACCAGCUUCAUUUCCAACUUCUUUAGGCGCUUCCACAGCGUUUCCCAAACUCUGUCCUCGGGGACCCCGAGGGGUGCACGUUUUGGUUUCUGCCCUAGCACUACACAGCCGAUUCAAAUAAUCAAAGCUUGAUGAUGAGGUCAUUAUUUGAAUCUGCUGUGUAGUGCUAGGGCAAAAAUCAAAACGAGCACCCCCGUUGGGGUCCCCAGGACCGAGUUUGGGAAACGCUGCAUGAAGAUAUUCUGAAAAACUCUCAUUAAAAAAAAAUCUGCAUGUGUAGCUACAUUGUUCAUGCAAUAUGUCAACUGACAUCGUUGCAUGAUUUCCAUUAAAGUUGGAAUACCUGCAUUUGGCAAAGGAUUCAACCUUUAUUCCAUGAUAAUUAUUUAUGCAUAUUUUAAGUAAACAGUGCGAAAAUGUGUUUAUUGCACAUGAUGCACUAUUCCAAAUUACUUUUUGCACUGUAUGUUCCAAUUAGAGGAAAAUGUAUUUAGCCAUACAUUGGUCAUUUAAAAUAAUCCCUUCGUCAUUUAAUUGCUUUAAUGCUUUCCCAGUGAACCAACAAGUGGGCAAUUCCAGGACCAGCUGGCCGAGGGGGUCAGGCCCUAUAUUGAUUUAAUAGACUACCUGAGAUCCAUUGGGAUUGAUCAGGACCUACCACUGCCGGCUAUUGCUGUGGUGGGAGACCAGAGUUCAGGAAAGAGCUCUGUGCUUGAGGCCCUAUCUGGGGUGGAACUGCCCAGAGGGAACGGUAAGAUACUCUGGUUCUGUGGGCCCAGUGUUAUUAUUGAACAAAAGGCUAUAUAGCAACUAGGUUAAUCGAAUAUCCGAACUGACGUUAGUGUUCUAUCACUUGAGUGAAUGUUCAUUUUUAUUGUAAAUUUUUUUAGGUCGAUUUUGACAAAGCUUUGUUGUAAACUAAACUAGAUUAUCCUUGUGACAUUGUUACCUACAAGGAUAUACUAUGACAUUUGAAAUGUUUAAUUUAAUAAAACAACAAACUUUUUUAAAUGUAGUUUUUAUAAAAGCUGCUGCUGCGCAUUUAGUCCUCUGGCCCUGACAUUGGUAUUUUCCCCCACUUCAAAUAGCAAUUACAGGCGCGCACCUAACAGAGUUUCCACAAGACCUGACACAGAUUAAUGCUCACCAGAAAACCUUUUUGUAACAGAAUCGAUUCUACCAUGGUGAAAAUCAGACUUCUCUUUCACUGUUGCUUUUAGCCAAAACUACUGCGAAAAGCAGCAUGUCCGCUGUUUACCUCUGCGCCAUUCUGAUUGGUCAAUAGAGUCAAGCGCAUUUAUUUAUUUAUUUAAUUUACUUGAAUUUCGACUAUCCAGAUAUCCGGAAAAAAUACAUUUAGUCAGACAUGAUAUUGGAGUUAUAAUGGUGUUGGAUGUAUUGGGUUGGUUGUAUUGGGUUGGAUGUAUUGGGUUGGAUGUAUUGUGUUGGUUGUAUUGUGUUGGUUGUAUUGGGUUGGUUGUAUUGGGUUGGAUGUAUUGGGUUGGAUGUAUUGGGUUGGUUGUAUUGGGUUGGAUGUAUUGUGUUGGUUGUAUUGUGUUGGUUGUAUUGGGUUGGUUGUAUUGGGUUGGAUGUAUAGGGUUGGUUGUAUCGGGUUGGAUGUAUUGGGUUGGAUGUAUAGUGUUGGUUGUAUUGGGUUGGAUGUAUAGGGUUGGUUGUAUAGUGUUGGUUGUAUUGUGUUGGAUAUAUUGGGUUGGUUGUAUUGGGUUGGAUGUAUCGGGUUGGUUGUAUCGGGUUGGUUGUAUUGGGUUGGUUGUAUUGGGUUGGUUGUAUUGUGUUGGUUGUAUUGGGUUGGUUGUAUUGGGUUGGAUGUAUCGGGUUGGAUGUAUCGGGUUGGUUGUAUCGGGUUGGUUGUAUUGGGUUGGUUGUAUAGUGUUGGUUGUAUUGGAUGGUUGUAUUGGGUUGGUUGUAUAGUGUUGGUUGUAUUGGGUUGGUUGUAUUGUGUUGGUUGUAUUGGGUUGGUUGUAUUGGGUUGGUUGUAUAGUGUUGGUUGUAUUGGGUUGGUUGUAUUGUGUUGGUUGUAUUGGGUUGGUUGUAUCGGGUUGGAUGUAUCGGGUUGUUGUAUUGGGUUGGUUGUAUAGUGUUGGUUGUAUUGGGUUGGUUGUAUAGUGUUGGAUGUAUUGGGUUGGAUGUAUUGGGUUGGUUGUAUUGGGUUGGAUGUAUUGGGUUGGUUGUAUUGGGUUGGUUGUAUCGGGUUGGUUGUAUUGGGCUGGUUGUAUAGUGUUGGUUGUAUUGGGUUGGUUGUAUUGUGUUGGUUGUAUUGGGUUGGAUGUAUUGGGUUGGUUGUAUAGUGUUGGUUGUAUUGGGUUGGUUGUAUUGGGUUGGUUGUAUAGUGUUGGUUGUAUUGGGUUGGUUGUAUUGGGUUGGUUGUAUUGGGUUGGUUGUAUAAUGUUGCAUGUCAUUGGGUUGGUUGUAUUGGGUUGGUUGUUUGGGUUGGUUGUUGUGUUGUGUUUGGGUUGGUUGUAUUGGGUUGGUUGUAUUGGGUUGGUGUAUUGGGUUGGUUGUAUUGUGUUGGUUGUAUCGGGUUGGUUGUAUCGGGUUGGUUGUAUCGGGUUGGUUGUAUCGGGUUGGUUGUAUUGGUUGGUGUAUGUGUUGUGUAUUGGGUUGGUUGUUGGGUUGGUUGUUGUUUGGGUUGUUGUUGGUUUGGGUUGGUUGUAUUGGGUUGGUGUAUUGGUGGGUUGUGUUGUAUUGGGUUGGUUGUAUUGGGUUGGAUGUCUGUGUUGGUGUACUUGGGUUGGUUGUCUUGGUUGGCUGUUUGGUUUGGUGUAUUGGGUUGGUUGUCAUUGGGUUUGGUUGUAUUGGGGUUGGGUUUGUUUGGGUUGGUUGUUUGGGUUGGUUUUGGUUGGUUUUGGGUUGGAUGUUUGGGUUGGUGUCUUGGGUUGGUUGUAUUGGGUUGGUUGUAUUGGGUUGGAUGUAUUGGGUUGGAUGUAUUGGGUUGGAUGUAUUGGGUUGGAUGUAUUGGGUUGUUGUAUUGGGUUGGUUGUAUUGGGUUGGUUGUAUUGGGUUGGAUGUAUUGGGUUGUUGUAUUGGGUUGGUUGUAUUGGGUUGGAUGUAUUGGGUUGGAUGUAUUGUAAUUUCAUGUUAAUUUCCAGGUAUUGUCACCAGGUGUCCAUUGGAACUCAGACUCUGCUAUGUUAGCGGAGUGGAUUGGAAGGCUGUCAUCUCAUACAGAGACAAAUGUAUUAAUGUCGGUAACCCCUCAGAAGUCGAGAAACACGUUAAAGAAGGUUAGAUUAAAUGUUAAUAUUAUAGUAUUGCAUAUUUACAUGCAUUUUCUGAUCAUUUAGCCAGACAUGUCUGAUGUGUUUAGUACAUGUAAACAAUAUUUACAUUUGUCUGUAGAUGACAGCAAUGAUGCUUUUGUGGAUUUAAUAAUUGUCCCAGUUCGAUAUUGCCUGUUCGGGUGAUUGGUCCAAUCCAUAACUGACUGUACCUUUUGAGGUUCUAGUGUACAGCUAUAUUUCUUCAAUUUGAUUUAACAGCCCAGAACGAGUUAGCCGGAGAGGGAGUGGGGAUAUGUCAUGAACUGAUCAGUCUGAAGAUCAUGUCCUCUUCAGUGUGUGACCUCACUCUGAUAGACUUACCUGGGAUCGCCAGAGUACCUGUGCAAGGACAACCAGAAGACAUUGGAGCCCAAGUAAGACUUGAUUUUGAUAACUUUGGGAUUCAAGUAGUGUGAUCUCGGCAUAUUAAUACCAAAAAUAUGUUACAUUAACCACCCAGUGUCCUCUCAAAUGUGCCAUUACCAAGAACUGAAAAAAAAAACACGCCAAUCAUGCUCUUCUGGCUUUUCUCUAGAUCAAAAGUCUCAUUCUGAAAAUCUUAGCAAAACAAAAAACCAUUAACCUGGUGGUGGUGCCAUGCAAUGUUGACAUAGCAACAACAGAAGCUCUGAAAAUGGCCAAAGAAGUGGAUCCUGAAGGCACAAGAACUCUGGGUAAAGAAAUCAUUUAAAUGUAGAUUAAAUAAUGAUCAUAAUAACAUACUACAGGAAAGGUAUAUUUGCACUGAAAUGUCUUCAAUGUGUUGUUGGUGUGCUCUAACCGUAACGCAAUGUGUUGUUGGUGUGCUCUAACCGUAACGCAAUGUGUUGUUGGUGUGCUCUAACCUAACAAUGUGUUUUUGUGUGUGCUCUAAACCGAACGCCAAUGUGUGUGGUGUGCUCAACCGUAGAGCAAUGUGUGUUGGUUGUUGCCUAAACCAGUACCACGCAAUUGGGCUUGUUGGUGUGCUCUAACCGUAAGCAAAUGUUGUUGCGGUGUGCUCGUAAACAAACUUAACGCACAGUGUUGUUGGUGUGCUCAUAACCAGAACGCAAUUGUUGUUGGUGGCUCUUAAACCGUAACGCAAUGUGUUGUAGGUGUGCUCUAACCGUAACGCAUGUGUUGUUGGUGUGCUCUAACCGUAACGCAAUGUGUUGUUGGUGUGCUCUAACCGUAACGCAAUGUGUUGUUGGUGUGCUCUAACCGUAACGCAAAGUGUUGUUGGUGUGCUCUAACCGUAACGCUUUUCAUUUCUGUCUUUUGUCUUAACAGCCAUUCUGACAAAGCCAGACCUGAUUGACAGGGGAACGGAGAAGGACGUGUUGGACAUUGUUCGCAAUAAAAUCAUCCCUCUCAAUAUGGGCUAUGUUAUUGUGAAAUGUCGCGGUCAGAAACAAAUUAACGAUGGCGUCACCAUAAAUGAGGCAAUUGAGGAUGAGAUGGACUUCUUCCAAAAGCACGACGAAUUCAGGUGAACUGUUUACUUGUUUCUCGACAUCUUGACACUCAGUUACUGUGUAAGUAUGUAUGGGAAAUGUAUGCACUCACUAACUGUAAGUCGCUCUGGAUAAGAGCGUCUGCUAAAUGAGUAAAAUGUAGAAAUGUAAAUGUAUGUUCUGCUACUAUAUAUUCUCUCUCUUUUUCAAUGUAUAGCUCCCUCCUGCAUGAAGAAAGGGCAACCACCAAGUGCCUAGCUGCUAGACUCACUCAAACCCUGGUCAACCACAUACAAGUUAGGCCAACUUCUAAUCAUCUGUCCCUUAUGCCUCGAGUUAGGAAUGGAGGUAGUUCUUGCUUAUGAGCACAGGUAGAUAGUCCGCUUCCACAUCCCACCCCUAGGGGGCAGUAGCAACCAGAAUAGGUGCGUACGGCUUCUUUGAAAGACAAUAAUGUUAUCUAUCAUUCAAAACGUGUUUUUGGCUUUCAGAAAUCCCUGCCACAGAUGUCUGAUCAGAUAAAACAGCAGCUGUGGGUUUCUCAGAUGGAAUUGACUAAGUAUGAGGGUGGGCCUCCCGUGGAUCCUGUAGAGAAGAGGAAGUACCUCAUCGAGGUGAGUAACCACUCAACCUAUCACCUGUCACCUUUCACAUCAAGUUGCAUUAGUAUGAAUCAGGAGCGGAUUCCUUUUCAAACUAAAAUAAAAAUCUGAAGUUUGUAAAGCUGCUUUAAAAAAAAUAUCACCCGGCUAUUUAUUGUGUUCCGUUUUCCCCUCAGGUAAUAAAACAUUUCAAUUACAAGAUUGAUCAGCUGUGCAGAGGGGAGCUGAAAAACGAGGAAAAUCUAUUCAUCAACAUGCAAAAAAUAUUUGCAAAAUGGUUUGAAAAGCUUGGACACUCCAAAACAGGCUGUAGGUACAAUUUUAAAUAGAUAAACAGGGUAUUGUUGGGUUAUUGCACAGGAAUAACUAUUUUCACUUUAUUUCUGAAAUAUGUAUGGGUUUGUACUGAUACUACAGUGAGGGGAAAAAAGUAUUUGAUCCCCUGCUGAUUUUGUACGUUUGCCCACUGACAAAGACAUGAUCAGUCUAUAAUUUUAAUGGUAGGUUUAUUUGAACAGUAAGAGACAGAAUAACAACAAAAAAAUCCAGAAAAACCCAUGUCAGAAAUGUUAUAAAUUGAUUUGCAUUUUAAUGAGGGAAAUAAGUAUUUGACGCCCUCUCAAUCAGAAAGAUUUCUGGCUCCCAGGUGUCUUUUAUACAGGUAACGAGCUGAGAUUAGGAGCACACUCUUAAAGGGAUUACUCCUAAUCUCAGUUUGUUACCUGUAUAAAAGACACCUGUUCACAGAAGCAAUCAAUCAAUCAGAUUCCAAACUCUCCACCAUGGCCAAGACCAAAGAGCUCUCCAAGGAUGUCAGGGACAAGAUUGUAGACCUACACAAGGCUGGAAUGGGCUACAAGACCAUCGCCAAGAAGCUUGGUGAGAAGGUGACAACAGUUGGUGCGAUUAUUCGCAAAUGGAAGAAACACAAAAUAACUGUCAAUCUCCCUCGGCCUGGGGCUCCAUGCAAGAUCUCACCUCGUGGAGUUGCAAUGAUCAUGAGAACGGUGAGGAAUCAGCCCAGAACUACACGGGAGGAUCUUGUCAAUGAUCUCAAGGCAGCUGGGACCAUAGUCACCAAGAAAACAAUUGGUAACACACUACGCCGUGAAGGACUGAAAUCCUGCAGCGCCCGCAAGGUCCCCCUGCUCAAGAAAGCACAUAUACAGGUUCGUCUGAAGUUUGCCAAUGAACAUCUGAAUGAUUCAGAGGAGAACUGGGUGAAAGUGUUGUGGUCAGAUGAGACCAAAAUGGAGCUCUUUGGCAUCAACUCAACUCGCUGUGUUUGGAGGAGGAGGAAUGCUUCCUAUGACCCCAAGAACACCAUCCCCACCGUCAAACAUGGAGGUGGAAACAUUAUGCUUUGGGGGUGUUUUUCUGCUAAGGGGACAGGACAACUUCACUGCAUCAAAGGGACGAUGGACGGGGCCAUGUACCAUCAAAUCUUGGGUGAGAACCUCCUUCCCUCAGCCAGGGUAUUGAAAAUGGGUUGUGGAUGGGUAUUCCAGCAUGACAAUGACCCAAAACACACGGCCAAGGCAACAAAGGAGUGGCUCAAGAAGAAGCACAUUAGGGUCCUGGAGUGAUCUAGCCAGUCUCCAGACUUUAAUCCCAUAGAAAAUCUGUGGAGGGAGCUGAAGGUUCGAGUUGCCAAACGUCAGCCUCGAAACCUUAAUGACUUGGAGAAGAUCUGCAAAGAGGAGUGGGACAAAAUCCCUCCUGAGAUGUGUGCAAACCUGGUGGCCAACUACAAGAAACGUCUGACCUCUGUGAUUGCCAACAAGGGUUUUGCCACCAAGUACUAAGUCAUGUUUUGCAGAGGGGUCAAAUACUUAUUUCCCUCAUUAAAAUGCAAAUCAAUUUAUAACAUUUUUGACAUGCAUUUUUCUGGAUUUUUUUGUUGAUAUUCUGUCUCUCACUGUUCAAAUAAACCUACCAUUAAAAUGAUAGACUGAUCAUUUCUUUGUCAGUGGGCAAACGUACAAAAAUCAGCAGGGGAUCAAAUACUUUUUUCCCUCACUGUAUACACAGAUGUAAUGUUGGUAACUGUGUAAGCAUGCACCACCGCAUAAAUCAAUUCAAAUAUGGUAAUCAUAAUACUGAUUACCAUAGUAACGUAACACAAUAGUAUUAAUGGCUCAUUAUUUUAAUUUUUUUUACACAACAUUAUGAACUUCCUUUUCUUAUAUUUCCCUCAAUUUAGACCACAAAAUGACCCAAGAUGUGGUCAAUGAAUUUGACCAGAACCACAGGGGAAGAGAACUUCCAGGUUUCAAUGACUACACUUCAUUCGAAAGGGUUGUUCAGGAACUGGUGGGGGAACUGAAAAAUCCAGCUAUGGAGACACUACAGAAAAUCAAAGGCACGUUCACGUUAUUUCUUUACUGUUCUCCACUCACUUUUUGUUUUGUUUUUAAUACACCAAUAGUUGGCAAAAAAAUGUUUCAUCUUGUCAGAGCUUGAGGGACAGUGAGUGACCAGAAGAUAAACAUGUUUCAUAAUGUCAUAGCUUGAGGGACAGUGAGUGACCAUCAGAUAAACAUGUUUCAUAAUGUCAUAGCUUCAGGGACAGUGAGUGACCAUCAGAUAAACAUGUUUUAUCAUGUCAUAGCUUCAGGGACAGUGAGUGACCAUCAGAUAAACAUGUUUCAUCAUGUCAUAGCUUCAGGGACAGUGAGUGACCAUCAGAUAAACAUGUUUCAUCUUGUCACAGCUUCAGGGACAGUGAAUGACCAUCAUAUAAACAUGUUUCAUCUUGUCAACCAGCUUCAGGGAUAGUGAGUGAACCAUCAGAUAAAACAUGUUUCAAUCUUGUCCACAGCUUCAGGGAUAGUGAGUGACCAUCAGAUAAACAUGUUUCAUCUUGGUCACAGCUUCAGGGACAGUGAGGUGACCAUCAGAUAAACAUGUUUCAUCUUGUCACAGCUUCAGGGACAGUGGAGUGACCAUCAGAUAAAAAUGUUUCCAUCUUGUCACAGCUCAGGGACAGUGAGUGACCAUCAGAUAAACAUGUUUUCAUCUUGUCACAGCUUCAGGGAAGUGAGUGACCAUCAGAUAAACAUGUUUCAUCUUGUCACAGAUUCAGGGAUAGUGAGUGACCAUCAGAUAAACAUGUUUCAUCUUGUCACAGCUUCAGGGACAGUGAGUGACCAUCAGAUAAACAUGUUUUAUCUUGUCACAGCUUCAGGGAUAGUGAGUGACCAUCAGAUAAAAAUGUUUCAUCUUGUCACAGCUUCAGGGAUAGUGAGUGACCAUCAGAUAAACAUGUUUCAUCUUGUCACAGCUUCAGGGACAGUGAGUGACCAUCAGAUAAACAUGUUUCAUCAUUGUCACAGCUUCAGGGACAGUGAGUGACCAUCAGAUAAACAUGUUUCAAUCUUGUCACAGCUUCAGGGACAGUGAGUGAUCAUCAGAUAAACAUGUUUCAUCUUGUCACAGCUUCAGGGAUAGUGAGUGACCAUCAGAUAAACAUGUUUCAUCUUGUCACAGCUUCAGGGACAGUGAGUGACCAUCAGAUAAACAUGUUUCAUCUUGUCACAGCUUCAGGGACAGUGAGUGACCAUCAGAUAAACAUGUUUCAUCUUGUCACAGCUUCAGGGAUAGUGAGUGACCAUCAGAUAAACAUGUUUCAUCUUGUCACAGCUUCAGGGACAGUGUUUGACCAUCAGAUAAACAUGUUUCAUCUUGUCACAGCUUCAGGGAUAGUGAGUGACCAUCAGAUAAACAUGUUUCAUCUUGUCACAGCUUCAGGGAUAGUGAGUGACCAUCAGAUAAACAUGUUUCAUCUUGUCACAGCUUCAGGGACAGUGAGUGACCAUCAGAUAAACAUGUUUCAAUCUUGUCACAGCUUCAGGGACAGUGAGUGACCAUCAGAUAAACAUGUUUCAUCUUGUCCACAGCUUCAGGGGACAGUGAGUGACCAUCAGAUAAACAUGUUUCAUCUUGUCACAGCUUCAGGGACAGUGAGUGACCAUCAGAUAAACAUGUUUCAUCUUGUCACAGCUUCAGGGACAGUGAGUGACCAUCAGAUAAACAUGUUUCAUCUUGUCACAGCUUCAGGGACAGUGAGUGACCAUCAGAUAAACAUGUUUCAUCUUGUCACAGCUUCAGGGACAGUGAGUGACCAUCAGAUAAACAUGUUUCAUCUUGUCACAGCUUCAGGGACAGUGAGUGACCAUCAGAUAAACAUGUUUCUCUUGUCACAGCUUCAGGGACAGUGAGUGACCAUCAGAUAAACAUGUUUCAUCUUGUCACAGCUUCAGGGAUAGUGAGUGACAAUCAGAUAAACAUGUUUCAUCUUGUCACAGCUUCAGGGAUAGUGAGUGACCAUCAGAUAAACAUGUUUCAUCUUGUCACAGCUUCAGGGAUCAGUGAGUGACCAUCAGAUAAACAUGUUUUUAUCUUGUCACAGCUUCAGGGAUAGUGAGUGACCAUCAGAUAAACAUGUUUCAUCUUGUCACAGCUUCGGGGUAGUGAGUGACCAUCAGAUAAACAUGUUUCAUCUUGUCACAGCUUCAGGGACAGUGAGUGACCAGAAGAUAAACACCACAGCUUCUUUGGAAUGGUACAUCAUAUUAACUAUCUUUACCUUUUUCUACAGUUCGACAGUGUAGUGCCAUAUUGUAACUGUUUGAUCUUGUACAGCUUAGGCCUGAAGUGUCAUCAAUAAACAUCAUCUUGUAAUUGAAUGGAAUAGUGCCCUCAGUGACACAUUUUAUUUGUCACAGUUAGGCGAGCACCUUUAAACAUGUUUCAUCUUGUAAUUGGGGGGGCAUCGUUUUUCAGUCACAGUUCAGGACAGUUUUUAGUGACCAAAAAGUUUGCUCUGGUUAUCCUGCCUUCAUGGUUUCAUGGUAAAAUAACAUGUGACAGGGUCGGGACAUAGACAUCAUACACUGUUUUCAUUCGUCAACCAGCGUUGAUUGACCAUCAUAUUAAUUUUCAGUACAGCGUGGGACUAAAACCUAUUUGGAAAUUUACGUUUUUACCUUGUUUUUAUUUCCCUUACUUUUUGUUUGAACGUCUUUGGGCCGAAACAAUCGAUGACAUCCAAAACAGCAGACCUUUUGGAUUGGGAAAAGGACUCAAGGACAUUUUAGAUGGGAGAGCACCUUUUAAACAUGAUUUAUUCUUUUUCCCAUGAUACAGAGCAGUGUGGACCAAAAAGGGAAAACCGACCUCUCAUGGUUAAGAAGGCGAGGUAGCAUAAUACCCCUGAACUGUCAUCAUUUAUUACUAUAGGUUUCAACCCACCUAUUCUCCAACAUGGUUGUAUCCAAAGUACAUCAUCCUACUCUGUUUUAAUUAGACAGCAGGAUGACAUCCAGAACAGCAUACCAUUGCAGGCACCGGACAAGGGCAGUGGGUGGAAAAUUUCAUUUUAAAGAAAAUGCUUUGGCCUGGUGCCAGCAGUAGGAACCCAGGACCCCUCAGUUAAAAAAAUCCCAACUGCUAAUUCAUACUUUUGUGUCUACCCAACCUACUCCAACAUGGAAUCCCAAAGUACGUAGCUAUGUCUAGAUAUAAAACGCAGAGGAUUGUGCCAGAAGACUAAAAUCAUGCCACCCUCUAAAUGCAUUGAUAAAAACUUGCUCAUUUUUAAAGCAAGUUGGGUGGCAGCAGUAUGAAUCCCAGCUAGUUAAAAAAAUACACAUUUUUGUUUUCUAAGCAUAUCCCUAACUCUACUAACCUUAGUGGCUAAAAUACCUAACUAAUUAACCACCACUAACUAACCCAUAACCACUCGAUCACUUGCUAGCUCUGAUGUUCACAUGCUAGCUUUGACGAAACCAAUGUUUACAUCUAAUCGUUAGUCCUCACCCUGGGUCUCACUCAACCAAUUCCUCUCCCUCCCUCCCGCUUCCUCACUCCUCAACUCCUCACUCCCAACUCUCCGCACGCUCACCUCCAUCCUCACUCUCUCCCCUCCCUCCUCACCUCUCUCCCUCCCUCCUCCAACCUCUCCUCCCACUCCAUCGCCCUCACUCCUCCUCCCAACUCUCUCAUCCCCACCUCUUCCGCUCUCCUCACCUCUCAUCCCUCUCUCCUCCCACCUCUCCCUCCCUCCUCAACCUCUCUCCUCCCUCCUCAACUCUCUUCCCUCCUCCUCAAACUCUCUCCCUCCCAUCCACUCCCAACUCUCUCCUCCCUCUCAACUCUUCCUCCCUCCUCACCUCUCUCCGUUCCCUCCUCAACUCUCUUCCCUCCCCUCCUCCCUCCUCACCUCUCUCCCUCCCUCCUCAACUCUCUCCCUCCCUCCUCAACUCUCUCCCUCCCUCCCCGCCUCAAACUCUCCCCUCCCGCUCAACUCUCUCCCUCCCUCCCGCCUCAACUCUCUCCCUCCCGCCUCAACUCUCUCCCUCCUCCCACUCUCUCCCUCACCUCCUCACCUCUCCUCCGCCUCACUCUCUCUCCUCCCCCUCACCUCUCUCCCUCCCGCCUCACCUCUCUCCCUCCCGCCUCACCUCUCUCUCCCAUCCCCCUCAACUCUCUCUCCCUCCACUCUUCCCCUCCCCCUCACCUCUCUCCCUCCCUCCUCCCCUCCCUCUCCCUCCCUCCCCUCCUCCCUCCCCCUCACCUCUCUCCCUCCCUCCUCCGCCUCACCUACUCUCCCUCCCUACCUCACCUCUCCGCCUCUCCCUCCUCACCUUCCUCCUCACUCUCUCCUCCUCCCACCUCUCCCCUCCCCUCAUCUACUCUCCCCGCUCAUCCUCCUCCCGCCUCACUCUCUCCUCCCGCCUCAACUCUCUCCCUCCCCGCCUCCCUCUCCCCACUCUCUCCAUCCCUCUCCCUCGUCCCCCUCCCUAGACUCUCUCCUCCCGCCUCCCCUCUCCCCUCCCCACCUCUCUCUCCCCUCCUCCUCCCUCCCACUCCUACCCUCCUCCCGCCUCAACUCUCUCCUCUCCCCCUCAACUCUCUCCCUCCCGUCCUCCUCCCUCCUCACUCUCACCUCACGCUCACUCUCUCCUCCCUCACCUCCUCACUCCCCUCCCUCCUCCCUCCCCCCUCCCUUCUCCCUCCCCCUCCCCCCCCCCCCCCUUCCCCCUCCCUCCCCCCCCCCCCCCCCCCCCCCCCUCAUUCCCCCUCCCGCCUCAGCCCCCCCCCAAACCCCCCCCCCAACCCCCCCCCAAAAACCCCCCCCCCCCCCAAAAAAAAAAAAACCCCCCCCCCCCCAAAGGCCCCCCGGGGGCCCCCGCCCCCCAACCCCCAAAAAACCCCCCCAAAUUUUUCCCCAAAAAAAAAAAAAAAAAACCCCCCAUUUAAAAAAAAAUUUGAAAAAAAAAUUUUUAAAAAAAACCCCGGAAAAUUUAAAAAAAAAAAAAAAAAAACCAAAAAAAAAGGGAAAGGGAAAAAAAGAAAAAACCGAACCCAAAACCCCGGGUUUUAAAAAAAACCCCAGAAUUUAAAAAAAAAAAGGGGAAAAAAAAAAAAGGGGAAAAAAAAAACCCCCGCCCCCCCCCCCAAAUUCCCCCCCCAUCUGGGCCAAGUAGGGUGCCCGGCAAAAACGGCCCCAAAUCUCUACGCACACUCCUCCUCCUCAUUCCUACCUCCCGCUCUUCCCUCCCGGCCUCACCUCUCUCCCUCCCUCUCACCUCUCCCCUCCCCUCCCGACUCAACCUCUUCCCUCCCUCCCCUCCCUCUCACCUCUCUCCCCCGCUCAACUCAUCUCCCUCCCCCCUCACCUCUCUCCCUCCAGCCCUCACCUCACUUCCUCUCCCUCCAUCUCUAAUCACUCCCCCAUCACCUCUCCCCUCCUCCCCCCUCACAUCUCCCCCUCCCUCUCCCUCUCUCCCCCUCCCUCCCUCUUCACCUCUCUCCCUCCCUCCUCACCUCUCUCCCAGAUAGUGGUGCAGCGACUGGCGGACCAGGUGCCCAUGCUGAUCCGUUACUUCAUCCUGAAGGAGUCAGCCAGGAUCCUGUCCAGUGAGAUGCUGGGUGUGCUGAACAGAGAAGACUUGGACGAGAUGCUGAAGGAGGAAUCAGAGAUUGGCCGGAAACGUGAAGCCUUGCGGGAAAAAGUAAAGCGCCUUGGACUGGCGAAUGACAAGAUCAGUAGCCUCUGAGA